AUGCCGACGGCCGCCGUGAAUGUCGCUGCCGCUUCCUUACCACCUCCCAAACGGCUCUUCUUCGACCGUCGCUACGGUUGGAUGUUCUGCGUCAUUCCUCUAGCAAAAACAUUGAUUCAGAAGGCAUCUGAAACGGAAAAAUUUGUUGGGAGUUCGACACUGGAAGUCCUCGAAAGACCAAAAUUGCUCUCACCCAAAGCUCUUCAAGCCACACUCAUUCAUCAAAUGAAAAAAUACAAGUCUUCUGUAAAUAAUGCAAAACUAGUUACGAUGGCACCGGCAAGAAGUAGCAAGACGGAAUCGACUCCCAUCCCGACGGAUCAGCCUAAAGGAAACACUGGAUCACAUACUGAAGGGAAUCUGGAUUUGAUGUGA